AUGUCCGAAGACGACGGCGAUGUUGUGCUCGGCCCCGACGGCCAAGCACCUACCCGAGUCGACCGAGAUCGAAGAGCUCCGCGCUUCAGCUGGACUCCUGCCUACGAAGCUACCUUCUUCCGAAGCCUCUGCGAGAGCGUCCAGCUAGGCCUUCGCGAGAACUCUUCCUUCAAAGCUGAAGCUUGGGAGCGUGCCGCCCAGGCCCUGCAGGAGAGUCACGGUGCCUAUCCAACAAAGAGCCACCUGAUCAACAAGAGCGACAAUGCUAGGAAGCGUUUUCGAUUAUGGAGAGGCCUUCGCGAGGAUGCCGAGUUCUUGUAUAACCCAGUGACGAGAACGGUCACUGCCACCGAAGAGGCGUGGACCGCACACAUCGAGAGGGAACCUCUGUCCAGGGCGCUCCGCGGCCGACCCUUCGAUCACGAAGACUACAUGGAGAUCCUGUACCCCGACGUUAUCGGCUCGGGGGGUGCUCCUAAGCGGAUCAUGAAGCCUCGACGACGAACCGACGGUCCUAUCGCUGAAGACCCCGAGAUGCCUGGCACAGGGAUUUUGAACCUCCAGAGCGAGCCCCCUCCCCGGCCUCCCGGCUUAGAGAGUCCCAAUUCUCGGCCUGUUUUGACCCAGACCCCGACCACCUCCUCGACGGGCUCGACCCAGCAACGGCCGACGUCUACUACAAUCCCUCCUCGCGGCCCCCCGACCGUUAAUGCCAGCGCGCUAACCCCGCCGGACGAGACCAUCACCCAGAGUCGCAAGCGCCAGCUUCCCACGACGAGCACCCCCGCUACCUUUGAGUCGCCCCCAGCUUCGAACAUGCCCUUGGGCCAAGCUCCAGAGUCGCCUGGCAAGCGGCGCCGGACUUCCUCUAACGAUGGCUCCCGCGCGCUGACCUCUACUAUGCUUAACUCGUCCAUGCUACCUCUCGCGGUUCGGGAUGGCCCCAGUGUCGCAUCUCCUUCGCAGACCGAUAGCCAGCUCCUGUCGCAUGCGCCUGUCAUUGAGGAACUCGUCGAAGCAGUGCGCUCGCGAAGCAGCCUGCGCUGGCAGGAGGAAGCUCUCGACGUCUUCUUCCGCGACUUUGCAGACGAAGACCUCGAUUUACAGGUCAAGAUUUCCGAGAGUGUGCUCAUCAACGAGUGCAAGGCCAUGGUCUUUUGCAAGAUGCCAGGCCGUGUGCGUCAGCACUGGGUGAGGAGGUUCAAGGAGUCGCUUUACAGACAGUGA